UAUUUCUAUGACACGAUUAAAAAUGUCAAAUGAAUUUUCAACGACGUAACCACAAAUUUUUAGACAAAAAUUCCUUAAAAAUGUGAAAUGCUGUAAAAAAUAAAAAUUUUAUGUACGUAUACAGAUGCAGAAAAUCUGAGAACUGUGUUUAAUGCCUCCUUAAAUAAUUUGUAUUCAAUAUAUAGUAAGUCAUUUAUUUAUUUAUUUACAAAACUUACGCUGUAACUUACAUGCAUGUAUACUGUACAUUAUUUAGGUCUACAAGUUUAGAUAUGUACUUGAAUUAUGAAAAUAAGUGAGUCAAUAAUAAAAAUUACAGUUAUCAAAUAUCAAAGUAGGAAAGUAUCAAAUACAGCUUCAAUAUAAAAAUUAAGUUAUAGUUAUAUGUAUAUGGCGAGACCGUGAUUAUCUAAACUAAUUAUGGUACAUGCUGUUCGGAUAAUCGAAUAACUUUGUUCUCAUAUGGCAAAAUAUAAUUUAUUUUCAUCUAUUGUAUAAAUAUUACUAUUAAAUAAGAAUAAAAGCUAUUGCAGAAAGUAAAGGAGAAAAAGAGACAAGAAGUAAGGACAGAGGUAGAUGUUGAUAAUAAUUAUAGUUUAUAAAAUUUGUAAACCAAAUCCUAUUCUAUCCCAAUUCAAGGCCGCUAGGCUGGAAUAAAACUAUCUAUCGAUACAAAAUCAAAAGCUUUUGAGUAGAAACGUAACAGUUUCUAUUCUUGUUUUUCAAUCUAUCUUGCAAAGGAUCAUUUGCAAAUUUUUCAUUAAUCAAUAUUCCGUUAAUUCUUCUACUUGACUAUGUAAACAAAAUCUACAUAAAGGUAUUUUUGCAUCACUUUCAGCACCGUCAAUUCAACCGAGCAAAACUCGGCCAGCGAAUAUAUCUCUGACGUAACUGGAUCGUGAUCAGCACACCGACUCGGAAAUUUCAGUUAAAAUUAAUCGAAACGAACAUUUUGGUUUCACUUACAUGGUAGGCAGACGAAUAUCUAACAAUGAUGGACGCAUAUCUUGACAAUUGUCUAUCGAUCGAGGUAAAUAACGAUAACGCGUUCAAAGAGAAGUCGAGAAUAGCACACGUUGCAGCUACCACACUAUGUAAGAUGAAUAGUAUAAUGAAGCAGAUGAGAAACUGGCGAGAUGACCGUAUGAAAUUACGAUCCAACAUUUGGCGGUUGAAGCUAGCUUUACGAGUCGCUGCAAGAAACACGGACGACACUUUGCACGCUGUCCGAUUGAUCGAACAUCAAAGAGUAGAAAUCAGACGGCUAGAAACGGUGAAUAAAGAUUUGAAAAAAGAAAUCGCUGAUAUUAAAUCGGCUCUGCUAAAUGGAGACUACGUUACGCGAGAAACCGCUUGGAAAUCCGAUGAUAAGAUCGUGGAAGUUAAACAGGAGUACUUAGUCGAGAGAGAACGUUUGAACAACGAGAUUCAAUAUCUGAAAAGUCGGUUGAACGAGGUGGAAGAGAGUCACGAACACAGUUCGGAAGUGGAACACUUAAAAUGCAAGCUGAAGCACUUCAUGAUGGUCGACUACACUAUGGAAAUUAUAUUCAUCGAUAUAGUUAACAAAGUCGCCGAGACAAUAGCGAAUCUAUCCGAGGAACUAGUGAAUGUAAACGAUCGUUUGCACAAGUCGCAAACGAAAAACGAUAAUUUGUACGUCGAGAUCAAUAAACUGAAAGCUGUGAUAAGAUACAGAAAUGGUAAUCUCACGGAUUAUCGGAAGAGAAUUGUUGAGCUGGAUAAUCUAACGAAACGUUUGAAGACAGAAUUAAAUAGAUUCAAAGUUAAUGACGGCAAUAAUUCUUGGAACAUUGACUCGAAUAGUCAGAAUAACCUUAAUAAUAUCGAACGACUGGCAAAAGAUUUAAGAAACAAGUUAAAAAACAACCAUGAGGCACUGCUUGCUGAUGGCGAUCCGGAUUGCUUAAAAUAUAUACAGAAAAUCAUCGAAUUGAGCGUUAAUUUAAAGCAACUGCACAUCGGAUUUGCAAAAUUUAGUGACCAACUUAAUCCAUUAUCUCUAGGCAAAGUAAUGAAAUCUAACGAGUAUUUGAAACAACUUGCAACAUUGGAUUCGACUUUAAAGGAAAUCGACGUCGAAAUUGAUAAGUUAAAGAAUAAUCAUAUAAACAACCAUUAUAGAAUUGGCGGCAGCGAUGGUCUAGAAUACUUAAUCAAAAUAAAAGAACUCGAGACGAUCAUCGAGAAGACACGGUCGACCAUGAAUAGAUUGAAUCAUCGUGCGGAAGGAAAUUCAAACAAAUCGAAAGACCUUGAAGAAUUGGAAAAUUUCGUCGGUAGAGUGUGUCACGAGAUUAAGCAGUUAGAAGUGAUCGUCGUAUCCAGCGAUCGUCUAAGUACAUUCAAGAGAAUUGAUCAGUUGGAGGGUUUGAUCGUUCGAUUAAAGUCGGAACUGAAUGAGAAAGACGCCCAUAUAAACGUUCUUGACCAGGAAUUGUUCGGUACUGAAAAUUUGUUGGAACAAAAAAGAAAAGAAUUGGAGCAUACACAGAAAGAGAUCGCCAUGAUAAUGGAAGAUAACAAAAUUUCGAAGUUGAGAAUGAAGAUGAUGGAGGAGAAAGCGUUGGAACUCCAGCGUGAUCAGGAGGAUUCGAGAAAGGAGCUGGUACAAUUACAAAAGAUGGAACGCGAAGCGAGCUUAACGAGAAAAAAAUUACAAAAUCUUCAGAGCGAUAAGGAAAGAUUGUUAAAGGAAAUGGGAAAAAUUCGUGACGCCGUACAAAAGAAAAGCGAGGAAGCAAGGAGCGUUCUUAUCGAGAGAAACACGAUGGAGAAAGCAUUAAACGCCAAGAUCACGGACUUGACACGAAACCUUCAGAUUACUUUGAAGGAAAAUAAAAAAUUAAAAGAAAAUGAAAAUGCAAAGCGUUCGGAAAAAGCGAUGGAGAGAAUGAACGCUGAAUUACAACAACUGAAGGUGGACUUAGCAAUUUCGAAUGAAAAUUUUGAUAAUGCGAAUCGCGAAAUUGCCGAUCUGAAAGUUAAAUUGCACCAUUUUUCUGAUGUUAAAACAAGACUGGAAACGAACAUUUUUCAUUUAGAGUCGAAAAAAGAGGUGCUCGUGUAUCAACUAGGAGCAGAAAAAGCUACCGCCGAUGAACGACUGAAAGAUUUCACCAACUUAAAAUCCGAUUACAACGAAUUAGACAUCAAAAGGGCGAAUCUCGAGAAAGAAAAGGAACAAUUAAACGCCAAUUUGACGAAUAUAAAGAUCGAAAAGGAGCUACUAGAAAAAUCCGUAAAUCACGUUCGCACCAAAUGUACCAUGCUUGAGGACAAGAUUGAUAAGUAUAAAUAUGAACGCGACAGUCUACUCGAAGAAAUCAGAAACUUUAGAACGAGCAACGAAACAGAAUCGAACAGGACCGGCGACAAAAUAAAACAACUAGAAUUUGAAAACUCGAAACUGCACGACGAUUUAAAUGAACUGACUUUAAAGAAAAUUAGCUUCGAAGACCGCGUGCAAACACUUCUGUUAGAAAAGAAUCAACUCGCAACACGUAUUAACGAACUAGACAAGAACGAUGUCACACUAAACAAUCUAUUGAACCAAGUUAAAACGGUGAAUGAACAACAAUCUGUUGUCGAAUUAAACAAAUUAAAAGCGGAUUAUAGUAAAAUGAGAUCGGAAAACAUGACUCUACAAACUACUCUCGAUGAGGUAAGACAAAACAACGAAACGUUGAGAAAAGCAACCGAGGAACUGAACUUGAGACUGAAUGAAAUUCACAGCGAAUGCAAGAUAUUGGAGAACCAACUACAAAUUUUAGAGGUGAUGAACGCCACAUUGAAAAAAGAAAAACAAUUGUUGGAACAGGAGUAUACGACCAGUUUACGAUCCAAAAUCUCCAAUAUGGAAAAAGAGGAAACAGUGGCGUAUAGCGAGUCGAUUCUUAGCCAACAAAAUGAACAAAUCGUGGAGCGUGCAACGAGAAAAGCUGUCAAUAGCAAAUCUGGUAAACGCUUGAAUGACAAAAUAAAAUUAAUGGAAGUAAAAGAAGAACUAAAGAAAGUGAUUGUAGAAAACGAAUCGUUACGAUUCGAGGUAUUAAACUUGAGGAGUCAGAACUUUGAAGUUAAAAUGCAAUUGGCUUGCACGAAGGACGAGCUUCGAAAGCAGAAGACUGAAUUAGUAGAGAACGAAACGAAUGGAAUCGUGUUUAAACCUAUCUCAAACAAGCUAAAAAUCGUGAAUCUUUAUUAUAAAGAGAUCAAUAGUUACUUGAGUCAUGAUAUGAAUAAUACAAGUGCAGUAACACGUAUCAGUCAGCCAGAUAUAUGCCCUUAUGACAGGUCGACAACGGAACAAGUCGGAACGCAAAUCGAGAAAUUAAUGGAAAUUGCGAACAAACUAAAAGUGCAGAACAUUGCCCUAAAAAUGGAGAUAAAUUCUCUAAGAUGCAGCUUGGUUGUUAAUUUCACGAAAGACGAGAAAAGGAAGGAAGAGCUGCGAAUCGCGACUGAAGAAAUUCAAGCAUUGAAAACGGAAUUGACGACACUGAGGGACGAAAAAGAGUCGUUACGGGUUCGGUUGGAUACAGCGAAUUCGAAAUUGGAUCGGUUAGAAUCUGAGAAAACUGCUUUGAAAAAUGAGCUAUGUGCCUUAAGGAAAAUCAAUUCCGGUCUCAAACACAAAACAAGCGAAUUACACUGCGCUUAUCAAAAGUUGAAGGAGAAGAGUGUAGAAUUUGAGAGCUGUAUCAUGAGAGCGAUUAAUAAAAUAAAAAGAUAUACGAUGAGUGCGGAUAAUCUGGACAAUCCAAGUGAUUUGAAAGAUCUUUUAAAAAAGUACAUCUCGAGCGAAGAAAUUUUAUAUUCAAUCGAACAGAGAAUAAACAUAGAAGAUACAUACAAAAAUUUUAAGAUGAUGUAAUUCGAUAAAAUUAUUUCGUUAUAAUGAAAUAAAUUGAUAGAGUAUGUACGUAACUACGUAUAAAGAAGACAAAUUGUAAUAUAGGGCCUAUUUUUAUUUUUAGGCAGUUUUUUUAUAACAAGUGAGCUAAGUAAGUUAAAUAUGUAUUUUAAUUUGAUUCAAUCCUGAAAGCACAGCAUUUUAUUUACUGUCACGUUAGGGCUAGGUUAGGGUUAGUUUAGCAUGGUUGAGGAAGCUGUCGAGAUGGUAUCGCAGAUAAAAUACCUGCGUCUCAUCAUCGACAGCCACUGGACGUUCGAGCCGCAUUUUGACUCCUUAGUCCCAAAGGUGUCGGCAGCGGUCAACGCUUUGUGCGGUCUGCUGCCGAACAUCGGCGGGGCAGGAAUCGCGGUGUGCCGACUAUACGAAUGUGCCGUUUAGUCCCUAGCGUUAUACCCCCAUAACGGAACCCCGGUAUGGGCAGACGAUCUGAUGGCGAGUCGCCGCAGCAUUCUGCUCUUAACACGUUGACUACCACGACACCGACUUCGGGUGUCAGCAAAGUUUCUGGUCAGGCCACGUAACCCAUAUUUAGGUGUCGCUUAUUUGACUACUUGCGAAGGAUCGUCGUAGGUAUUUGAAAAAAUAUUCUGUAAUAAUAAAUUGUUAAUUAAUAAAUAAUUGUAAUAAUAAUUGAAUUGUUAUAAAAUAGAAAUACGGAAAUGGUUUAUUAAAAAAAUUAUUUAGGAUGUAAAACUUUAAAGCAUUCUAUACAUAGCUGAGAUUGGUCGGGACAAUUUGGACAAUAAGUUGUUGUUUUCUUCAAAUUCUUUUGUACCUUUAUUCGGUCCAUUCGACGUCUUUUAUUUGCAUAACAUAGUUUGCAUGCACGUCAAAUGCUUCUUCCGGAAUCAUUUUUCCGAACGGCGAUAUUAUGCUGACUCCGUCGAAGACAAGGAUUUUUUGUAUUUUCAGACAAUCCUAAUAAUUGUCUAAAUAUUCUAAUAUUUAUAUUUUUUCCUGUUGCAAUUUUGUAAACCGUCAAAGCGUUUACAACAGAAAUUCCCAGAAAGAAUUGAAUGCCAAGUUUUCUGUACCAUUUGAUUCCCUUUCUAAUUGUGGUGGCAUAAGAAAUCAUUUGGUCGGAAUAAUCUAUACCACACUUUCCUUUAUUAUAUUCAACAACAGCUAGUGUUUUUAAUGUUGCGAACAAAUGAAACGAAACCACUGUGGAGAGGACAGGGACACGGCGCAGCACACGUUGGAAUUUUGUCCGGCGUGGGAGCUGUCCCGCUACACCCUGCGUCUCGUAAUAGGCGAGAGAUUCGCCCCAUCGGCGAUCGUGCAGGUAAUGGUGAGUGGGCAACAGGAGUACGAGGCUGUUCGCUCCUAUUACGAGCAAGUUAUGCUGGUAAAGGAGCGGACAGAAAGGAAGAGAGAGAGAGAAAAGCUCUCACUCUUGUAGAGUAACACAUCUGUGUAGAGUAACUCGGACGACGACUAGCAGGCGCUAGGGGCAAUGACCUCCCCUAACGCCACAGUUAAUCAGUUAGGUAGUUUACAGGAUUGGCUCAGCGAGAAGUUGCGGGCAGUGCACCGGCAGUAAUUCGCAAGAGGUCCCGGGGCACUCCUAUCAAACGCGUAGGUAGGCCAUCGUGGAGUUUUAGUGUCUUCCCCAGAAUCCAGCGGAGUGUCCAUGAGGAUUUCUCCACAUAUAAAAAAAAAAGAAGAUUAGGGUUAGUUUAGGGUAUUUGUUACCACUACAAGCGGCCUACACCGGGCACGUCAACGAAAGUGUUAUAAAUACUUGCUAAUUACAAACAGAUUAUUGUAUACGCUUCUUUUGUACCUCUCAUCUAACAUAUUCGUUCAUUGCUCAUUCCUUUUUCAUAUUGUUUUAAUUUAAUAUCUGUUUAUUCUUUUUCCAUAUUUAAAGAGUACAAAUAAAACGAAACAAGGAAAUUUACCUUUGCAUUUAGAAAUUGAUUUUACACCGAUAGAUCUGACAUUACAUAAUAUGUAUAUGAUACCAGAGAGGAUUUCCUCUCAUAUACAUAUAUAGAUGGAGAUGGAAAGAAGUCCUCUGAAAGGAAUGCGAAUCUGAUUGGUUGUUUUGACAUACUCAAUACAAUCGUAAAGUUAAACAUGCAUAUUGACCAAAAGUAUCGCAUAUAAAAACAGAACAAGGCAGUAACGCGUAACGAUGAGUGAUAUAAGGCCGUAUGUAAGUACAUACUUACCUCCCUUACCCCUGUGCCGCCACGGUGGACUUCUUCCCAUUUCCGUGUUGUACAAUCUAUGUAUACGUGUAUUAAUAAAUAUGUACUUACAUACUUGCAUACUUACAUACAACAAGGCACUUUGUGUCUCACGUUCUGAAAUACCGACCUCGAUUCCUUUCUUAACCCCUCUGCGAUUUGCUGCGGUAAAUAUAGGAAUCAUCUAAUACUAUAUUAAAUGGAUAACAUCGCAUGUGACAUAAAAAUGGUAAGGGGAUCAGGUAACUCUUAAAACAAGUCGUGGGUCAUGAAAAAGCAUUGCAUCGAUUACAUGUCACGUCUAUUUUGUACUUCGUCUGCGAUAUAAUGUUGAAAAGAGUGUAAAUUUAAAGACAUUUAUGAAAAGUUAGUAAAGCAUAAAAUAGUCUAAAAUUUCGUACCGUGAUUCGUAAAUAGCUAUACAUAUUUUAACUACAUCUAAAUAUAAAAUUUAAAUGUGAAAUAUGGAACAUUAAACCAAACAAAAAUUCAGCACUAUUUUGAAGUCAGAGAUUGGAAAUAAAAGUAUUUCGACUUUACCUAUAAAUCACUUCAUGUUUAAUCAAAUCUUCUAAUAUUAACAUUAAUACAAUUUUCUGCAAGCAAAAUUAUUUUCUAUUAUUAACAAUAUAACAUACAUAAAUACUAAUAUCUAAAAUCGCUUUGAUUCAUUAAUACAUAUAUCUUCCCAAAUCAUAAAAUCCAGUUGAAAUCCAAACAAUAUUUUAUUAUUUGUUUUGAAAACUUGUAUCUUUGUAUCUGUUUCUCUGUAAUAUUGAAAUAUAUAUUUUAUGAGCAUCAUAUGAAUCGUCAUAUCAUAAUAUGAAUAGCUUUUAUAUUAUUGCUCAUAAGAUAUGUAUUUCAAUAUUGUAGUAGGUUUUAAGAAGUAAUGAUUAAUAUUUACAUAAUUAUAAAACUGUGGUCUGUUUACUAGUAAUUGUUCUUUGUUUAUAGUUUUUGUUUCAUUUAAAAAAUAAGAUAAAUUAUCUUGUAUUUUUAUGUUUGUACCACUACAUUGAACAUCAUCAGAGUAUUACUGUCUGUUCUUGUUCACGUGGAGUUAUAGUUACUAUAUUGGCAGAAAUAUCUACACUUUUGUCCUCCACCACACUUCAAGCAAUAUUUCAGAAUUAUAGAAUGGGUAUAAAGUAUAAACAAGCAACCAUAGACAUUGAUCAGAUUACUCAGAAGUAUUAGUUUGACUUAACACUUGAUAUCAACAAAGAAUUAAGCUGAACGUUGCCUAUACAGAAGAAAUGUUAAUAAAUAAGUUAAUAUACAGUAAUAAUACAAAUUAUAACUUACAAUCAAUGAGAAAUGCAUCAUGCUACUGCUUUUCAGUAUCUACUGAUGCUUCCUCGAAUCUGCUUGACUUUAUAGCAACUCACUUUAAAUACUA